AAAGUGUAUAAAACAACGCAAUAUUCACUUUAUCAUAAAUUUUAUAGACCGUAAACAUGGUGAUAUUUAUAUUAAAUUAUUUUCUUUCCUAUGUUUUGAACAAGUGAAAUGUACAUUAGUAAUAGGUGUAUGUUAGACAAAAUUGUAAUUUUCGAAAAACGUAAUUGGGUUAUACGCUAGAACAAAUUCUAAUAAUGACAACGAUACUAAAAACAGGCAAUCUGACAGUAUUAACAGCUGACACUCAUGCACAUCCCACCGAGGAGGAGGAGCCAGUCAAAACCAGUGACUGACACGCAAUGUCGCUUCAAACUUGUUUUUUGCUACCUACCGCGCAAUGGAGGUGCAAGUAAAUUUAGUUGAUAAGCUAAAAUCGUACGGCCUUGGUCGGCGCAGACUUGAUGACGUUUUCUUCAAUGAUACGCCACCUUCUAGGUUAGGUAUAUACGAUGCAGACGAUGAAGAACUUUGUCAUGCUAUGGUACAGACGACGUGCACGGUCCCGGGUUGUAAUUUCACCGUGACCUCGUUACUGGACUACGAGAAUCACUACAAUUCCUCACACAGAUACAGCUGUAUGCAAUGCAAGAAGGUGCUGCCGUCCCCUCAUCUCCUAGACUUGCAUAUACAAGAACAACACGAUUCAUUCUUUGCGGUAAUGGCUGUUAAGAAACCUUCUUAUUCCUGUUAUAUAGAAGAAUGUAAAGAGAAAUUUAUGAAUGCUGAGGACAGAUUAAACCACUGUAUCAAGACACACAAAUUGCCUAAAGAUUUUAGAUUUGAUCAAAAGCCGAGAAAAAAGAAUAAAAGUAAAAAAAAUUCACAAGCCAUGGAGAUAGACGUCGAUGACAUCCAGGCAGCUAGGAAGGAUUCUCAGAAGUUAAUAUUCAAAAACAGUAAACAAAGGGGAUUUCAAAAAUAUUCUAUCAAGAAAUUUACCAGCGAUGACAAAGAUUCCAAAUCGGUAAACCUGGACCAAGUCAUGGCAGAUAUAAAAGAAAGUCUACCAUGAAUGUUUGAAUAUAUUUUAAGUGUUAAUAAAAGAAAAAACUAAAAUGUUUUUUUAUGUUAUUACAUAUAUAUUUAAUGUAAUGUAAAAAGACUCAUAGUCCCUACCCCGUUAAGAAGAAAGAUUGGAGAUAAUUUCAUCAAAUUAAAUAUAAAUUUUGCAUAAUGUUAUUAAGUAGGUAUGGUAAGUGUAGCGGCAUGGUGGAAAAGGCUCCAAACA